GCAGUUAUUUCAGAUUUUACUAAGAAGUCAGUUUACAUUUUUCAACAUUCCCUUCUGUCCUUUGUUUUAAAGAAAGCUCUGAUUUUUGUUUCAUUUUCAGCUGGAGACUUAAAUGACACCAAGCAAAGCCUACUUAGUUUAGAUUUCCAGUCUACAGGUUGUACAAAGGCACUCAGCAGGCCCAAUUUAGCCUUGAGCGCUUCAUUUCCUGACGCCUGGUCUAAGUUACUCUCAACCUCGCAGCCUGGUCCUCAAGACCCUCACUUCAGCUCCGCCCGAGGAGAGGUCUGAGGUCACACAACAUUGCUAAGUGCCUCGGACCAACAGGGAGAAUUGGAUAGUGAAAAAGCAAGCAUGAAGUUUGCAGACCCAGUAGACAGCUUGGGAUUCAGCAAACAAUGACGGUGACACCAACAGCGACACUUCCCAUGGUUAACCUGGAUUAUGGCAUGGAGAAGUUUGAAUCCUUUUUAAAGUUUCUUGGAGUAGAAUCAAGCUAUAAUGUGCUACCAGGAAAGAAAGGACACUGUUUGGUGAAUGGGUUGACCAUGUACAACAAAGCUGUAUGGUCUCCUGAGCCCUGCACUACCUGCCUUUGCUUGAAUGGAAGAGUGCUUUGUGAUGAAAUCAUGUGCCACCCUCAGACGUGCCCCCAAACAGUUGUACCUGAAGGAGAAUGCUGCCCAGUCUGCUCUGAUACCGCCUCCUAUUCACUGCUCAGUGGUACAGCAUUAAAUGAAACAACUGAAUUUUCUGGUGAUUCUUUAGAACAAAGAGAAGCUACCAAUUUACUUCAUAAGCAACUGCCACCUCCUCAGGUGGAAAUGGAUCAAGCACUGAGAAAAGAGGAACUUCAAUUUGAAGAGGAAGAAGAAGAAAUGAAAGAAAAUGACGAUAGGGAGCAAAAGAAAGCAAUCUCUGGACCUGGAGAUGGGGGGAUAUUUCCCAGAGAGGGACAGAGCAAAGCGGGGACAGAGCAGAGACCGCGAGAGAAGGGGCGGCAGGCCCACCAACACGGACACCCCGCAAGGGAGGAAGCGGCCCAGGCCCGCAGUAGAGCCGCGUUCGGGACGCCCUCUGGCCCUGCAGCCCCUGCCCCUCCCAGAGGCGCGCCGCCGGUGCCAAGCGGGUGCUCUCUGUCCUACAGGACCAUCAGCUGCAUGGCUGCUGACCUCACGCAGAUACCGCCGCUGACAGCACCGGACAUAACGAGUCUGGAGCUUGUUGGCAAUUCCAUCACCUCCAUUCCGGAUGAGGCAUUUAAUGGAUUGCAGAAUUUGGAAAGGCUUGAUCUGAGCAAGAAUAAUAUCACCUCUUCCGGCAUAGGUCCCAAAGCAUUCAAGCUUUUGAAGAAGUUAAUGCACCUGAAUAUGGAUGGAAACCAUUUGGUAGAGAUUCCUUCAGAACUACCAUCUACAUUAGAAGAACUUAAACUCAAUGAGAACAACCUUCAGACCAUUGACGAAGAAAGCUUAUCAGACUUAAAUCAAUUGUUCACCUUAGAACUGGAAGGAAAUAAUCUCAGUGAAAUCAAUGUUAAUCCUUUAGCUUUUAAACCUUUGAAGAACCUAUCCUACCUGCGUCUGGGAAGAAAUAAAUUUAGAAUUAUACCACAGGGUCUUCCUGCUUCUAUUGAGGAAUUAUACCUAGAAAAUAACCAAAUUGAGGAAAUAACUGAAAUUUGUUUCAAUCAAACCAGAAAUAUCAAUGUCAUUGUACUAUGUUAUAAUAACAUUGAAGAAAAUAGGAUUGCUCCCUUAGCUUGGAUAAAUCACGAAAACCUAGAGUCAAUCGACCUGUCCUACAACAGGCUCUACCAGGUCCCCUCCUACCUCCCCAAAUCGCUGCUGCGGCUCGUGGUCCUGGGGAACAGGAUCGAGCGCAUCCCUGGCUACGUGUUUGGCCACAUGAAGCCAGGCCUGGAGUACCUCUACCUGUCAUUUAACAGACUCUCUGAUGACGGCGUGGACAGAGUCUCCUUCUACGGGGCUUAUCAUUCUCUGCGAGAGCUGUUUCUGGACCACAAUGACUUCAAAUCUAUACCACCUGGGCUACAAGAAAUGAAAGCACUGCAUUUUCUGAGGCUAAACAACAAUAAGAUACGGAAUAUUCUUCCAGAACAAAUUUGCAAUGCUGAAGAAGAUGGUGAUUCAACACUGGAACAUCUUCAUCUUGAACACAAUUAUAUUAAAACAAGAGAAAUAUCACCCUAUGCAUUUUCAUGCAUAAGAUCAUAUUCAAGUAUCGUUCUUAAACCACAGAAUAUCAAGUAACUUCAUUUUUUCCUUUGUCAUUUAUAAACUGUACUCAUAUACUUAUGUAGUAGAAUUUGUCAUCCUUAAGAGAGACAUCAUGUCAUGUUAUACUCGGUAUCAUUAUGCUAGUCUACCUGAUUCACCAGCCUACAGAUGAACAACCAAAAACAUAUGUAGAAGGUUUAGUCUUCUAGCACUUUUAGAGAAGGUUUCAGUUUCACGCUCUAGAAAGAAGCUAUCUGAUUGCAAAGUUUUUCUCAUGGAAAUAGGAUGUUAGGCACCGCUGAGCUAGAUUGGGAGAAUCUGGAACAAAAUAAGCAUGUCCUUUACAACAGAUGGGUGAGUGUUGCUAUCAGCUGGGAACCUCCUAAGUCUGUUUAAAAGUUAUGUAUGUUAUGGUUCAAGACCAAGAAGUGAAAGGCUGGGAAAAAUAACAGGUAGAAUAUAUGAAUGAGUAUUCGGUUUAUUAUUCUAAAGUUAAAACAAUAAUUAAUUUUCUUUAAGACCGUAUGCUACAAUUAUUGGUACAAAUGAACUUAAUUAUUGGGUUAGCUUUAGUUCCUUCUAUUAAUUACAUGUAUGAAAUUAAAACCCUAUUGUAAUGCUAAUUUCCUGGUUUUGAGAAUUGUACUAUGGUUAUUUCCAUGGUUAUUAACAUCAGGGGUAGCUGGGAGAAGGAUACAUGUAACUUCCAUACUAUUUUGAAACUUUUCUAUAGGUUUAAAAUGUGUAACAGUAUAUUAAGAUCAUCCUUGUUAUUCUUAAGAUCAAAAGAAUUUACGGAAAGCAGUGGAGUU